AUGUGCAAGUGUGCAACUCUGUCUCUCUGCGUGCCCCUUUGUGAUGCUGAUCAGCUCCGUCAUUACUUCCGGACUCACUCAACUCCUGUGACGCGCCCAGCGCUGUCGACAGCUUGCCGGGCUGAUUUUCGUGCGCGUAUGCUGUCUCUUUCCUUCGCAGCGGGCCUAGGAAUCAAGGUGCCGAGCUUACAGUGCUUGCGCAAAAUGUCAAAGCACGUGGCUGCCUUGCCCUGA